AUGUCUCAUAAAUUGUCCAAGGCCCAUACAAGAUGCUGUGACCUUUGCCAUAACGUUGCGGCUAGCGGAGAUCGAACCUCUGUUCGCAUGCUCGAGUAUCUCACCACGGUUAAGCAACUUUCGCAUAAUGUCGAUCGAUUGGCGCAUUUGUUCCUUGACACCUGCCAGAUUCUCUUCUCUAUCGAAGCUGGCCUCGCAGAAUGUGGACGCUCAACCCCAGAGUUGCCGCCGGACGUCAUCUCGGAAUUGGACAAGAAGUUACGAGUUGCUCAAUCGGACUUUAAUAUUCUCGAUGAAAUGCUAGGCAAGCUCCUGGAAUAUGAACGCAAAGGCACGAUGGGAAAAAUGAGACGUGGCUGGGGCAAGAUAUUUGGCGACACAGACAUCGACAAGAUAACGGCAAUUCUCGAACGAACAAAAGAAGGCUUGAAGAUGAGUGCGCUGCUCUUCCAGUGGACGCUGGGCACCGAACGAAUUGAACGCGGCAUGGGCAUCGGAUACACAGGGCUCGCAGCGGCAUUGAAUAGGCUGGAUGACAACUCUGGACGUGUGAAAACAAAGGCUUCCGAGCCGGACAUGUCGCGUCAUCGCCCGUCUCCUCUUGGCCACGGGCCUUUGUCUGUCGAGGGACAGCAUCAGCAAAUGCUAGCAUCUCCAGCCGCGUGGAGCGAAAGAUCCUCUUCACGUAGACCCGAUUCCAACAUGGCGAAGAAGUCAUUUUCGAACUCGCGCGGUCCAUCAGACGAUAUCCUUCAACAUUAUAGCAUCACCACUCCGAGCUCGAUUAUCUCGAACGAGAGAGCCAAUUCCGGCAUUUCCAAAGCCAUACGUCUGAAAGUAGACCCUUUCACGAUGCCACGCUGGACCCCUCGCAGCUCAGGAGGCUCGGAUGCCGAAAACUUGAGAGGCAGCAUCAUUUCUGCUGUUCGAGGAAAAAACCAUAAGUUAGUUGAGCAGUUGCUAGACAGAGGAGUGUCUCCUGCAGCGGCGUUGACAGAGGCUGUAAAUCUCCUUGAUGCCGAAAGCAUUCGGCUCUUACUUCUGUUCGGGGCCGAUCCUAACGAGGCAGAUGGCGAUGGCAUCACACCGCUGUUUGCGGCAGUUCAAAAGAUGUUCUUUUCGGGAGCAGUCACUCUCCUAAAGUAUGGGGCGGAUCCUAAUGCUUUGGUCGGCCUAGAGUUGGAGUCUCCUCUAUCAUCUGCUAUUACUGCUCACAAAGUCAGCUUGACACAUCUCUUAUUGAUGUAUGGGGGAGAUCUAUCUCACAGCACCUCCAACGGCGACACGCUGUUGAUCGCAGCUAUCAACAAGAAAACCCCAAAGAGAAUGAUUGAUCUUCUUCUCCAUUAUGGAGUGGAUCCAAAUGAGAAGAAUAGAGAAGGGAAAACAGCUCUCUUUGAAGCGAUUAGCUCCUCUCGAGUGGACAUCACAGGAAGCCUUUUGGAUCGUGGGGCGAAUCCAAACCUCCCCGGACCUAAGCACAUGCUGUGGCCGGCAACAUACCAGGCGCCCUGCCUUCAACUACUUCUUAACCAUGGUGCAGACUCUAAGAAAUGCCCUGGCAUCAUAGAACUAGCAACCAGUAUCAACAAUAUCGAAUCGGUGCGCGUGCUUUUGAAAGCCGGGGUUGAUCCCAAUGCUAAAAAAGACGGCGUUUAUACUCCUCUGUGCACAUCCAUCCGAGACAACCGAAUGGACAUAUUUCAGCUGCUGCUGAGCAGCGGCGCGGAUCCAAAUGUCCCAGCUAGCGAGUAUCCGGCCUUCAAAUGCAUCACGCACAACCGUGUCCACCUCUUGCCUUUGCUUGUCACUGCUGGCGCGGACCUGCACUCCCCCAAGGGGAUAGUAGAGACUGCAGUCAGCUCAAACAACAUGGAGGCGCUGUUGUGGCUACUAGACCAAGGCCUCGACCCAAAUGAGAGGAAUCUCAAGGGAGCAUCCCCAUUGACGAGCGCCAUUCGAGAGAGCCGGAUGGAAAUGAUAGACGCCUUGCUCGCCAGAGGAGCCGAUCCCAACAAGCGCGGACAGGAUUGGCCGGUAUGCAUGGCUGUGCAGAAUCCGUUGAUCCUUAGGCGCAUACUAUCGGUGCUUGCCGAGCCACGCGCUUAUAAAGGCGUCAUGGAAAUGGCUGUGGCCGCCAACCAGAUCGAAUCUGUCAAGUUGCUGUUGGCAGCUGGUGUUUCGGUGGAAGAUAAAAACGGCGGCGUCUUCUCUCCAUUGACCACAGCUAUUCGCGAGGAUUUGAAGGAAAUGGUUCUUUUCCUCAUCACGGACGGCCAUGCCGACCUCAACGCUCCCGGCGAGCAUCUCCCUAUUGUCAAGGCAGUCAGAAGAUGCCGCGGCGACGAUACGGAGAUUCUCGAAAUGCUUCUUGAGAAGGGCGCGGAUCCAAAUAAAAUCUACAGGGGCUGGAACGCCUUUAUGCAGGCUGUUGAGAAUGGCGACAUGAGAAUCUUGAAGCUGCUGAGCAGCAAGUUCAGUGUUGAUCUGGAGGCCAAAGAUGACCAGGGACGGUUUGCCGCAGUAAUUAUCAAGCAGCGAGUGGGGCGAUCCAAGGAACUAAGCGGUGGCUGA